AUGACAUUGAAACAGAUGCAGUCAAUUGUUGAAAAUGGUUUGCUUACAUUGUUAUAUAGGACCCUUAAGUUCUGCAAGAAAGUCGAGGAUGACUACCCGCUUGAGCGCGAGAGGGACAGACUAGGGAGGUUUCGUUCCCCUUAUUUCAGGUUCCAUAUUGAUACACCGGUGGAAGAGCACAAGAGGCCUCCUUUCCUCGUUCUGGAUCAUAUGGAUGUUUCUCUAUCUGAUACGUGGAAAAAUCAAGAAGGUCCCCCUUUGAAAGAAGCGAUUACCUCUGUUCUUGGUGCGUUGAAUAUCGUUUACUCUAGAAACUACAUUUACACCGGCAUCAAGCCAAAUGAAUAUCCUCCUCUCUAA